CUGCUGUCUCCAGUUUAUUGAAGGACCGUUACUUUCUUGCCAGUGAUUGCAAUAUUUUGGAGUGGUAAUGCCACUGGCGUGAUAUCAGAAUAAUGGAUUGAACCAACAAGCAGGUAUUCACUUACCAUUGAACGAAUACAGAGCUCCUCAUUGAGCUACGACCUUCGCUCAUCCGUUCUUGCUUAAGCUUGACCUCGUCGGAUUCUGGACUAAGGGUCUAGCGGCCAAGGACUUUUGGCAAUAUGUUCAAUUUUACGCCUCUUCUGGGCGCGCAGUCGUCAUCUUCAAGGGCGUCUCAGUCUAUAUUGGAGCUUGAUGGUGGAAUCAAGAUUCUGGUGGGCGUCGGUUGGGAUGAGACCUUCGACACGUUGGAUCUCUCAGAGCUAGAGAAGCAUAUCCCUACGCUUUCGCUCAUUCUUCUGACCCAUGCAACGCCCGCGCAUCUCGGUGCCUUUGCGCACUGCUGCAAGACAUUCCCUCUUUUCACCCAAAUCCCCGUCUAUGCCACAAGUCCUGUGAUCGCUUUGGGACGGACACUCCUUCAAGAUCUUUAUGCUUCUGCGCCUCUCGCCGCUACCUUCCUACCGAAGGCCUCCAUAUCUGAACCCGGGGCUUCUACAUCAGCUGCGUCUGCGGCCGCGUCUGCUUCGGGAGCGGCGGCGAAUACAGAUGGCGGAAUUUCGAGCCCGAUUCUGCUUCCACCACCGACUCCGGAAGAGAUCGCAAGAUACUUCUCUCUCAUCCACCCCUUGAAAUACUCGCAGCCGCAUCAACCGCUACCUUCGCCCUUCUCGCCGCCCCUAAAUGGUCUCACGCUAACGGCCUACAAUGCGGGACAUACCGUCGGAGGUACUAUAUGGCAUAUCCAACAUGGCAUGGAGUCUAUUGUAUAUGCGGUCGAUUGGAAUCAAGCGCGCGAGAACGUGGUUGCGGGAGCGGCCUGGUUUGGAGGCGCUGGAGCCAGCGGGACGGAGGUGAUAGAACAAUUGCGCAAACCGACGGCUUUGGUCUGCAGCAGCAAAGGAGGAGACAAGUUUGCCGUGUCUGGAGGACGGAAGAAACGUGACGAUCUACUCUUGGAUAUGAUCCGGAGUAGCGUCUCUAAGGGCGGUACGGUCUUGAUUCCCACCGACAGCAGUGCUCGAGUACUAGAACUGGCAUAUACACUGGAACAUGCAUGGCGUAAUGCUGCCGAAGAUGGAAGUGGAGACAAUCAGCUGAAAGACGCACAGUUAUACUUGGCUGGGAAAAAAGCUCAUGGAACCAUGAGACUCGCGAGGAGUCUUCUGGAGUGGAUGGACGAGAGUAUCGUCCGUGAAUUUGAAGGCGUCGAGGGUAUUGAUGCGACUGCUCCCGAACGUUCACAAGGCAGAACCGAUUCACAAGCUCGAGGGGGGCCAAGCCAAAGUCAGGACAAGAAAGGGGCGAAAACUGCAGGACCCUUCGCGUUCAAACAUCUAAAGAUUGUCGAACGCAAGAGGAAGCUUCGAAAGGUCCUUUCUGACCAGGCACCUAAAGUUAUCUUAGCUUCUGAUACAUCGCUGGACUGGGGCUACGCUAAAGAUACUUUCCGCCACAUUGCCGAAGGACCGCACAACUUAAUCGUACUGACCGAGACACUCCCCUCCCAGAAAUCAUUUGAGGACGCGCAGGAAGCUGACAGAGUGACGCUUGGUCGCAUGAUAUGGCAAUGGUAUCAAGAACGAAAGGACGGCGUUGCCUUGGAGAAAGCCUUGGAUGGAGAACUUCUUGAGCAAGUCCAUAGUGGUGGGAGGGAGAUCACUCUGACCGAUGUUCAACGGGCCCCCCUUGGCCCUAAUGAGCAAUUGUUAUAUCAGCAGUACCUCGCCACGAAGAGGCAAUUACAAAAUACAUCUCAAGUUCGGGGCGACGGUAACCUCGAUAAUACGGCCGAUGCACUGGAUGACGGGGCCAGUUCAACCGAGUCAGAAGACUCCGACUCGGAGCAGCAAGGAAAAGUCUUGAACUUUUCCGUAUCAUUGGCCCAUUCCAAUCGAAAUAAGCUAGGACUCAGUGACGAGGACCUGGGUGUCAAUGUUCUUUUACGACGAAAGAACGUCUAUGAUUACGAUGUUCGCGGGAAAAAGGGCCGUGAACGAAUGUUCCCCUAUGUUGCCCCUAGAAGGCGUGGGGACGAAUACGGCGAGUUUAUUCGGCCCGAGGAAUAUCUUAGGGCGGAGGAGCGUGAAGAAGCCGAGAUGCAGCAACGCAGGCCUGACUCCCAGGGAGAGACCAAGGUUGGCCAGAAACGCCGAUGGGAUGAGACGGGGCCAAAUGGAAGGAGACUGUCCGGAGGCACGGGGAAACGCCAGCCCCUAUCCCGAGACGGGAAUAAAAGGGGUUCAAGUACUGCAGACGACCUUAGUGUUGGUGACGAAAUGGCAGUUGACGGCGUGGAAGGUUCUGAAAGCUCUGAAGAUGAAGAUGAUGCGCAGGUUUCUGAGGAGCCUUCCAAAGCGGUGUAUAUCAAGUCGACGAUGACAGUUAAUGCCCGCAUUGCUUUCAUUGACUUCAGUGGUUUGCAUGACAAGCGAAGUCUGGAGAUGCUUAUUCCCUUGAUUCAGCCACGCAAACUGAUACUCGUCGGCGGUACCAAAGAGGAGACCACAGCUUUGGCAGAGGAAUGCCGUAAUUUACUCGCUGCCAAGGCCGGUGCAGACUCUUCCACCGCAGCUGCUGUGGAUAUUUUCACACCUGCAAAUGGGAACACCAUCGAUGCUAGUGUGGAUACCAAUGCUUGGAUGGUCAAAUUGAGCAACAAUCUUGUCAGGCGCUUGAAGUGGCAGCAUGUGCGCAGCCUGGGCGUCGUCGCGCUAACGGCUCAAUUGAGAGGACCAGAACUUCUUCCACCUAGCGAUGAUACGGCCGAGUCGGCCAACAAGAAGCAAAAGUUGUUGAAGGAGGAAGCGGACUCUGUCGACGGCUUGACGGAGCAGCCAAUGAAGCCGUCAGCAGCGAAGAAUGACGUCUUCCCUGUUCUUGAUGUUUUGCCAGCAAAUAUGGCGGCCGGAACGAGAUCCAUGACACGACCGUUGCAUGUUGGUGAUCUUAGACUUGCUGACUUGCGGAAACUGAUGCAGGCCGCUGGCCACACUGCGGAUUUCCGCGGUGAAGGAACACUGCUUAUUGAUGGGAUCGUGGCCGUGAGGAAAUCUGGCACUGGUAAAAUCGAAGUCGAGGCUGCAGCUCAGGCAGCCGUGGGAAGUCCACUGGCCGGUGGCCGGGGAGAAGGAAGCUUCUUGGCCGUGAAAAGAAAGAUAUACGAAGGUCUUGCCGUUGUGGCCGGCGGGUAGACAUCAAUCAGAUAUCUUUCGCCAUGAUUGUUUAUUGCUAUGUUCAAUUCCCAAGACAGACCUUCGAUUUCAACACGAAUGUAUUCUAUACCCUGCUCUAUUCAAACACGUGUGUUCCAUCUUUGAACCUUUCCAUAGACCCAAAGACAUUGGCUUUUUACUUGCUCCACGUCGAUCUGGUAGUUCGUGCUUUGUUACCCAAACACUGGAGUAUAAACGAGCACCCACUUCUCCUGUACUGGGUUGAGUCACCAUGCAUCAUGACUCUUUCCAGAUGAAGGAGCUACGACGUAG